AUGGCUCAUUGGGAAGAUCAAAUGAAAGUCCACCUUCGGAAGCUUGAGUAUAUCACACUAAUCCUGUCAGAUGAGAGAGUUAAGGAAAAAGAGGACAUAUUAGGAGCAAUUGGAGAAUCUUUUAGGAGGCUGACAUGUUUCUCAUACUAUUUCCUUAACACACAAGAUGAAAUGACCAACAUUUCAUUUUCUGAGCAGUUAGAUAAUGUGGUGCAUUUGAUCAAGGCAAAGCUCACAGAUAUUAUUCCUAAAUUUCCAAAGUUAAAUUUUCCAAAGACUUCCAAACUGGAUUUCUUUGAUUUUCUUUGGAGAAACCUUGGGGAACUUCAGAGAUAUGAUCAUGCCUCAACUGCACCGGUGAAGCACCACAUUGAAGAGAUUCAAAUACAUCUCAAGUCAUUGAGGUCUUUUGUUGAGAAUGUUUCGGAGUUGGACAUUGUGCAGCAUCCAAAUCUUGUUAAUCAAGUCACUGAUUCAGCAUACAAAGUGGAGUACAUUGUUGAUUCAAUUGAGGUUGAUGCUCAAUGGCAGGACUACUUCUGGUUGGACAAUGUGCUGGAGGAGUUAAGACUUCUUAGUGAGAACGCCAGGGGAAUUCAUUUGACUAUGGCAGGACUACUUCUGGUUGGACAAUGUGCUGAGGUUGAUGCGGAAGUCCAAGAUUCCAAGAAUGUCACCCAGGUAUCACUUGACAGAUUAUCAAGAAAGAGUACACCAGCUAUUGACGAAAUUGUGGUGGAUCUCAGCAAUAGAGAAAACGAAAUUUGCAACCAGCUUAUUAGAGGAUCCUCAAAGCUGGAUAUUGUUUUUAUUGCUGGAAUGCCUGGUUUAGGCAAGACAACGUUGGCAAGGAAGGUGUACAGCAGUCUUGAAGUCAUGCGCCACUUCCAUCUUCGUGCAUGGUGCUCUGUUUCCCAAGAAUAUGAGAAAAGGAGCUUGUUGCUGGAAAUUCUAACAGGGAUUCAUGGGCUUACAGAAGAGAUUCACCAAAUGAGGGAUGAAGAUCUUGAAGAUAAAUUGCGUAAAUUGUUACUAAAAAACAAGUAUCUCGUAGUUAUGGAUGACAUUUGGGGUAUUGGAGCUUGGAAUGACUUGAAAAACUCAUUCCCAAAUGAUGCGAAUGGAAGUAGAAUUCUGUUCACCAGUCGCCUCCGUAGAGUGGCCUUGGAAAUUAAACCACAAGAAGAAAGUUAUCCUCUUUCUCUUCGUCCUUUUUCUCCGGAGGAAAGUUGGCAGCUGUUAGAAAAGAAGGUAUUCAAGGAAGAAGGUUGCCCUGAUGAGCUGCAGGUAGUCGGAAAGGAAAUUGCUUAUCGCUGUCAAGGAUUGCCUCUUGCUGUUGUUGCAGUUGCUGGUAUACUGAAAACGACAGAAAAAAGCCAAGAUUCGUGGAAAAGAAUAGCAAAUAACUUGAGUUCACAAAUAAUUGAUAAUCCAGAAGCUCAGUGUAAAAAAGUCAUAGAUCUCAGCUACAAACAUUUGCCGGAGUAUCUUAAAUCAUGCUUUCUAUAUUUGGGAGUUCUUAAUGAAGACAGAGACAUUCUUGUCAGCAAGUUGAUACGGUUUUGGAUCGCAGAAGGUUUCAUACCAGAAACUAAGAAGGGCUUUGAAGAUGUGGCUGAGGCCUUCUUGAUGGAUCUAAUUGACAGAAGCUUGGUGAUAAUCUCCAAAAGAAGAUCUAACGGCAAGGUUAGAGCAUGUCGCCUCCAUGAUCUUGUCCUUGAUUUCUGUAAGUCUAAAACUGGGGAUGAGAACUUCUUUCAGCAUAUAACCAUGUCUGACAAUCCAUAUGCUUCUUUUCCUAGUACAGAUUAUGGCUUCGAAUUUGAUUUUUACCAGCAUUCAUCUCCUGUAUCAUUUGCAUCCUAUCGGUUGGCUAUACAUUUGAAGCGAAGCCACUUUGUCGAAUCAAAACCUUCUGGUUUGGCCACCCGUUCUUUGGUGUUCUUUGCAUCUGCAGAUUCAGAACCCAAACGACCUUAUGACAUCUCAUUCAUUUGGCACAACUUCAAAUUGCUUAGAGUCUUGGAUUUUGAAUGCUUCAAUUUGGGUAUUUCAUUUCCCCUGGAAAUUGGAAUUCUGGUCCAAUUGAGAUAUUUAGCAGUUGGAGGCUAUUUGAAAUCCAUUCCACAAUCGAUAGCCAACCUCAGGAAACUGAAAACUCUUAUUGUUAAGGGAUUAAGUGGUAAGAUCACCUUACCAAAUACUAUCUGGCGCAUCAUAAGUUUAAGGCAUCUUCAUGUGAGUGUCCAUGUUGCUUUUGACUCAGAUGAUGAAAAGCUUGGCGAUAGCUCUGUAUUAGAAAAUUUGGUCAACUUUUCCUGCCCAUCUCUUUCUUGUGGUGAGGAUGCAGAAAGGAUAAUAAGGAGGCUUCCAAACCUUCGCAAAUUGAAUUGCAUAUUCUAUGAAUCACCAGAUUCUUCCACGAACUGCAAUCAGUUUCCGAGAUUGAAAUGUCUGACUCACUUGGAGUCACUCAAGAUAUUCUAUUAUGGAAGCCCUCUUAACAAUGGCGAGUUCAACCUCCCUUUGAAUCUAAAGAAAUUGACUUUAUCAAACUUUCGGCUUCCAUGGAGUCAUAUCUCCACAAUUGGGAGACUACCAAACCUGGAAGUUCUCAAGUUACUUUCUGGUGCAUUUGAGGGGAAAAUAUGGGACGUGGAAGAAGAGUUUCAGAAUCUCAUGUUCCUGAGCUUAGACAGUCUGAACAUUGCUCAAUGGAAUGCCUCUUGUGGUGAUUUCUCCAAGCUUGAAAGACUCGUCGUACAAAAUUGCAAAGACCUUGAAGAAAUUCCGGAGGAUUUUGCAAACAUAUACACACUGGAGAUGAUUGAAGUGCAUUGGUGUGGUGAAUCUGUUGAAAAAUCAGCAAUUAAGAUUGGAGAAGAAACUGGAGAUAUCAAAGUCCUCAUUAGGAGUUCAAAUUGGAGUUCAUGA